GCUAAAAAUUCAUUUGUAAGACAAACUGCUGCUAAGUCUUCACUCUACGUAGCACCGGACGCAUUUUAUUUGUUGAUGAAACUUGUGCGUUGCAUUUUCCGUGGAUGAAUUGGAUAAGAAGGAGCUCCCGAAGCAACGAUUGUAAUAUGGAGACCCAAGCAUACGACCUUGUUUGUACAGAGAACAGAGACUUUCUCUACGAAAGAGAAGGUAUGCCUGGUAUAAAUCCAAAUUUUGUAUACAUGAAUCAAGAGGUUCACACUUUGAAAAUGGCGAGUGAAACAAGAAUCGUUCCAGACACGGACAAGAGAGCUGCUCCGAAAAAACCUAGGAAAAGAAAUUCAGACAAAGAUAGACUGAGGACAGAAGCAGAACAGACAGCAUAUAAGAAACUUAAAGAUUAUUCCGUCCCUAGAGGAUCAAAGGAGGACGACAAAAUUACAGACAGUCAGAGAGGCCGUUGUGUAUAUUCAGAAACUCCAAGAGACCUUGACUGGAAUCCCCCAGAUCGGAGCGAAAGAUGGCAAACAUUGAACAAGGUUCAAGUUUAA